AUGGACACCGUCUCCUCGUUGCUCUGUCCUCUCCUCGUCCUCCUCUCCUGCCUCCCCCCCUGCGUCUCCAACAUGCUGUGUCCGAAGCGCUGCACCUGCCAGAAUUUGCUGCCGUCCUACACGGUGCUGUGCGCCAAGACGGGCCUCCUCUUCGUGCCGCCCAACAUCGACCGGCAGACGGCCGAGCUCCGGCUGAUGGACAACUUCAUCACCACGCUGAGGCACCGGGACUUCGCCAACAUGUCCAGCCUGAUCCACCUGACGCUGAGCAGAAACACCAUCAGUCAGAUCAGGCCGUUCACCUUCGCUGACCUCCAGGACCUGCACGCCCUCCACCUGGACGCCAACCGCCUCACGGUCCUGGACGACUCCCACUUCCAGGGCCUGGUGAACCUGAGGCACCUCAUCCUCGCUAACAACCAGCUGCACAGCAUAUCAGAGGGAGCCUUCCAGGACUUCCUGGAGACUCUGGAGGACUUGGAUCUGAGUUACAACAACCUGGUGGACAUCCCCUGGGAGACCAUUGCUCUGCUGGUCAGCGUCAACACCCUGAGCCUGGACCACAACCUCAUCGAGAACGUCCCUGAGGGAAUCUUUUCCAACCUGCACAAGCUGGCUCG